UUGGAAUGGUGUACGUGACUUAUUCAAAUGAACAAGUCGUCCAGUUUGGUUUGCCAUUACUGUGGUCUUGGAGAGCACCUUUUUAGGUGCGUCAGGUGUCGAGGCGUAGUUUACUGCUCAAAAGAGCACCAAAGGAAAGAUUGGAACAUUCAUAAACUAGUGUGUUUGACUCCACAGAAUAAGAAUAGCGAAGACAGCGUAAACAGUGUUACCGUCGAAACGCCAGCGAUUAAAAAUGACGUUUCCAAUAUUCCAUUGGCAUCUGAUUCACUGCUUGACACCACAUCAAAAAAGCAACGACCUCAUGAAAAGGACUCAGCUUUGAACAUCAGCAGCAAAAGUGCUGACCAACAAUACUCUGCAGAGAAUUCCCAUGACAUACCUGAACAGCCUGAAAAGCAUUAUCCAGAGAGCAAACAUAAAGAUUUAGAAGGGACAGUUUUUAAAAUGGGAUCUGUCACUUUAGAACCUGACUGUGGCCGUAGCCCCCAUACAGGGUGGCAAUCAUCCCAGGAAAACAGUUCUUUCAAUCAACCCACAAAUCCACCAUUUCUGCAUCAAUCAUUAUUACAUCAAUCAUUUAACAGAGAAUUGUCCUGCAAAGAACAGUUACAGAGCAUUUCAAUGGAAUGGAUGUCACAGAUAUGCCAGUAUGUUGUUCGUGAUUUGGAAAAAUAUGGUAUCUGUGUUGUUGAUAACUUUAUGGGGAAAGAACGUGCCGAAGCAAUCCAUCGUUCAGUAGUGUCCAUGUACCAUUCGGGUGUAUUUGUAGAAGGGGAAACGGUUAGCUCUAGUCUAGAGGCGACGAAGAAGGUACGCAGUGAUAAAAUUACCUGGGUUGAUGGAUCAGAAAGUAAUUGUGCAAAUAUCGCCGUAUUGAUCUCCACAAUUGAUACCAUCAUUAUGAAUGCUAUUCGAAUGAAAGGCAAUGGUCAAUUGGGGCAGCGUACAAUAGGCGGGAGAACGAAGGCAAUGAUUGCGUGUUAUCCAGGCAGUGGUUCACAUUAUGUAAAGCAUGUCGACAAUCCUAACCGCGAUGGACGGUGCAUAACAACUACUUACUACGUCAACAAGGACUGGGACGCCAAGACGGUUGGCGGUCUGCUGCGAAUUUUCCCCCAAGGUUGGGCAAACCAAGUAGUGGAUAUAGAACCUAUUCUUGACAGAAUGGUAUUCUUCUGGUCUGACCGCCGAAAUCCUCAUGAAGUUCAACCGGCCUUUCGAACUCGCUAUGCUAUAACCGUCUGGUAUUUUGAUGCAAAGGAACGGGAAGAGGCAAGGAUUCGACACAGAGAAUGUGCUGUGAAAAAAACUAAAUCCAACGAGUAACUUUGUAUGCGCUGAUUUGCCAACUUGAUCGAGAUGAUUAAAUGUCAACAAUGACAACUGAAUAAGAUUUAUUAGGCUGCUUAUUCAAUUCCCCUCAGAUAUUGCCGCCCCUAAAGCGUAGAAAUUGUACAGGCAUACAUCUCAUCAUCUCACUUUAGUUCUUCAGGCAUCAAAUAUCUGAAUUUACACGCCAGCUGAGAAUUACUUUGAGAAAAAAACAAAAUUACCUUGGAAUUUCCGUUUGAAAUAUCCUACUUCCAUAAUGCUAAAAUAAAUCCUUAUUUGAGGUCAUCCUGUUGCUAUAUAUUCCCUGU